AUGGCUCCCGACAGAGGUAGGAGCAGAUCUAAAAACACGGCCUCAAGAGCAUGGGAUUCUCUCAACCCCCCCCUCUCGAAAUGGGUCCUUGACGCUGCGUCGUCCAUGAAUUUCUCCCGAAUGACACCUGUACAAGCCUCAACCAUUCCUCUUUUUAUGGCGCAUAAGGAUGUUGUGGUGGAAGCGGUUACCGGGAGUGGAAAGACGCUGGCAUUCCUCAUUCCUGUCGUGGAACGGCUACUACAUUUGGACGAGCCCAUCAAGAAGCAUCAUGUUGGUGCCAUCAUAAUAUCUCCUACAAGAGAAUUGGCUUCUCAGAUCCACAAUGUGCUUGUGUCAUUAAUCGACUUUCAUGGCCCAUCCGCUGCUGUUCGGAGAUCUUCAUUGGGCACUGAGAAUGCUGUCACCAACGAAGAGACGGAGGCCGAGACAUUCUCAGCAUCUACACCGAAGAUAGUGCCGCAAUUACUCUUGGGCGGUGCAACAACGCCCGCACAAGACUUAAGUACAUUCCUCAAGAUAUCACCAAAUUUACUGGUGUCAACACCGGGGCGCUUACUUGAGAUACUAUCUUCUCCAUAUGUUCAUUGUCCGCAGUCUUCGUUUGAGGUCCUCGUCCUUGAUGAAGCUGACCGGCUACUCGAUCUUGGUUUCAAGGAUGACCUGACCAAGAUACUCAAGCUGCUCCCAAAACAACGCCGAACCGGUUUAUUCAGUGCAAGUGUAAGCGAAGCGGUCGACCAAAUCAUUCGGGUGGGUUUACGGAAUCCAGUUAGAAUUGCUGUCAAGGUCAAGGGCGUAAAUGGAGUGGAGGAUAAACGGACUCCCGCAAGCCUGAAGAUGACAUAUGCCCUCGCCCCAGCUUCGCAGAAGCUGCCAGCGCUUGCAAAUCUAUUGUCAAGACUCGAGCCUUCCCCCUUACGCACGAUUGUGUAUUUAUCAACUUGCGCUGCAGUUGACUAUUUUCAAGCCUUGCUUCCUUCCAUCCUUCCAGCAGAUACAAUUCUUGUCCCAUUGCAUGGAAAGCAUCCGACCAAUGUGCGACAAAAAAAUUUCGUCCGUUUUACCAACUCUACUUCUCCGGCGGUGCUGUUGACCACUGAUGUUGCAGCGAGAGGUCUAGACAUCCCCUCUGUUGAUCUAGUGGUACAAAUCGACCCUCCUUCGGAUCCUAAAGCAUUUUUACAUCGUUGUGGACGAGCUGGUCGAGCAGGACGGAAAGGAUUAAGUGUUGUCUUUUUGAUCCCGGGCAGAGAGGAAGAAUACAUAUCUUUCCUAAGUGUUCGACAAACUCCGAUCGAGCCGCUCACAGAACCUGACAUAUCAGCUUCGCCAGAAAGCAGCCUUUCAAUUGAGGAGAGCUUUCGCAAACUCGUUCUUCAAGAUAGAAAUAUCCACGAUAAGGGUCAAAAGGCUUUUGUCAGUUGGGUGAGAAGCUAUUCCAAGCAUCAAGCGUCUUCUAUCUUUCGGUUGACUGAUAUUGAUUGGAAUGAUCAUGCGGCGGCAUGGGCUCUUUUGAGAAUGCCUAAGAUGCCAGAACUCCGAAAUUGGGACAGAAGCAAGUACACGGCUCCUGAGGUCAACUGGGAUUCUUAUGCAUACAAAGAUAAACAACACGAGAAGCAAAGGCGGGCGGCUUUAGAAGAGAACAAACAACAAAUGAAGGAGGAUCCACAGAAAUCUCACAAGAAACGAGGAACAACGUUGGCUUGGUCGGAGAAACUUGAACACAAAGCAAGCAGGGAGGUCAAACGCUCUAAGAGGAAUGCUCGAAGGGACCAUGAAAGAAUUUCAAAAAUGACCGACGCUGAGAAGGAGCACGAGGCCGAAACAGCAAAAAUGGUGCAGCAGAUCCAGCAGCAGCAACGCCAAAGCAAAAAUGACGUCGUUUUUGAAGGAUUUGCCUGA